AUGCGAGAUAAACAUGGUCAUACACCAUUAGUAUUAGCACAAAAAAAUCGUAAAGUUGAUUCAGUUGAAAUGAUACAAAAUGAAAUUGAACUUCGACAACAAGUUCGACAAGAAACAGAAAAAAAAUUACUUGAUGCUUGUUUUGAUGGUGAUGUAAUUAAAGCAGAAGAAUGUCUUGCACAUUUAGGUGCACAAGCUAAAGCAGUAUUAAAUUCAAGUCCAAAUGGAAGUGAUACAUUAAAUUUUUUGUAUAGAGCUUGUCGAACAGGUAAUGUUGAUUUAGUAAAAUUAUUAUUAAAACAUGGAGCUAUUGCAAAACCUCAUCGUCAAACAUCAUAUUCACCACUUUAUAUAGCUUGUCGUAUUGGAAAUCUUGAUAUUGUUCAAAUACUUCUUACUCAUUUUCCACAUUUAGUUUCUGUUGCAACACUUGAACAAAUUCUUCCAUUUGCUGCUGCUUGUUCACAAGGUCAUCUAUCUAUUGUACAGCUUUUAUUAACUUAUCCAAAUUAUCCAUUUUCAUCAUGUAAUAUUUAUGUUGAUCGUUUACAACGAUCAUAUGUUUUUCCAUUUAAUCUCAAUGCACAAGAUAUAAACGAACAAACAAGUUUAUAUUUAUCUGUUCUUGGUGGGCAUUUCGAUGUUGUUGAAUAUCUACUUUCAUUUCGUGUUUAUGCUUUAACUAAUCAAGAAGUUGAAUUAUUUAAACGUCGAUCAACACAUAGUUAUUUUACUUCUGAAAAUUCUAUAGCAACUCUAUCAGAUUUUGAUGCAACUCUUCAAAAACCAAAUUCAUCAUUUUGUCCAUUUAAUCUUGAUGUUUAUUCAAAUAUUGGUCGAACAGCUUUACAUGAAGCAAUUGAACAACAAAAUUUUAAAUUAGUUCAUUUACUUAUUUCAAAUGGUGCUAAUGUUAAUUUAUCAUAUGAAGAAAUUUCUAGUCGAACAUUAAAUAAUGAACAAUGUUUUAUAACACGUUCAACAGCAUUAUCAUGUGCAUGUCGUCUUGGUAAUAUACAACUUAUUGAAUAUCUUAUGAAUUCUCUUGCAACUGAUAAAGAAUUUCUUGCAUUUAAUUCAUGUAAACAAUCAUAUCUUAUUGGACAUUUACUUAAAUAUCGUGCUCUACAAGAUAAUGAAUUUAAAUUAAUAAAACGACAAUUAACAUCAAAUACUUUAUAUUCAUUUGAUGAAAAAUUUUGGUCAAAUAUUGAUUUAACAAAUAUUUGGAUUAAUAUAAAUAAUGAUGAAAAAAAAGAUAAUAAUAAUAAUAUAUCUGAAUCAAAUUAUUCUAUUGAACCUAUAUUAAAACGACGUACAAAUAAACGAUAUCAAAUUUUAACAACAAGUUUUGAACAUUUUAAAACUCAUUUUACAUCACGUUCACUUUUACCAACAGCAACAAAUCAUAUAUCAUCAUCUUCAUCAUCAUCAUCUAUUCCAUCAAUACCAGUUGGUAUACAAUGGCAUCAUUAUGGUCCACUUAAAACUCUUGAUCCUUUAUGGUUUAUACAAGCAUCAAUAUUUGUUAAUAAAGAUAGUUUUACACAAUUAUCAGAUAUAAAUAUAUCAAAUCGUCAUUUAUUAUUUCAUUGUAUAACACGCAUUGAUUUAUCAGAUAAUUCAUUAGAAAAUUUACCAUCAUUUCUUUUUCAAAUGUAUUCAUUAAGAAUAUUAAAUAUAUCAAAUAAUCAAUUAGGUGAAUUACCAAAUGAUAAUAAUGUUUGGUUAUGUCAUCAAUUAAUUGAAUUAGAUGUUUCACAUAAUGCUUUAACUUUUUUACCACCAGCUAUGUUUCAACUUCGUUCAUUACAAAGAGCUUAUGCAGCUCAUAAUCAACUUCAAUAUUUGCCUGUUGAAAUGUGGUCAGCACCAAUGUUAACUGAUCUUAAUGUUGCUAAUAAUUCAUUAAAAGAAUUACCAGCACCAACUGUUGUCGUUGUUAAAAAUGCUGAUAAAACAGGACGUCAUAUGACAUCUCGACAUUCAACGAAUCAAACUCAAAAUCGAACAACUAGUGAAUUCCGUUCUCAAAUUCCUAUGAGUCCACCAACUAAAUUAAAUAUUAAUGAAACAAAACCUCCAAUGAUAAUACCAUCAUCAAUAACAACAGCUAAUUUAUCAAUUUUUUCUGUUCCAUCAUCAGCUCCACCUCGUUCAACAACAUUUUCUCAAAUAACAACAACAACAAAUAAUAAUAAUAAUAAUAAUAAUAAUAAUAAUAAUGAUAAUAAUCCUCCAUCACCUGAUGAUGAUGAUGAACUUGAACGACGAUCAAAAUUAAAAAUAACUUAUGAAAAUUCAAAUUCAUUACCACCAUUAUGUAGUCCAGUUAAACGUUUAUGUCUUUGGCAAAAUCAUAUAGCACAAUCAAUUGAUGAUGAUCAACAACAAGGAUCAAAUAUAAAAUCUUCAUCAUCAUCAUCAUCUUCUUCUUCAACAUCAACAAUAAGUCGUUUAAAUAAUUUAAAUUUAUCUUAUAAUCAUUUUGAAAUAGUUCCACCAAUGCUUUGUUGUCUUGUACCAUAUUUAACAUCAUUAAAUCUUUCACAUAAUCUUCUUACGGAUUCAUCAAAUAUAUCAUCAUAUCCAUCACGUUUAAAAAUGCUUGAUUUAUCAUUUAAUCGUCUUCAACAUAGUAUUUUAAUUGAAGCAUUAAUAACAACAUCUCGACGUGAAAAAUCUUAUAGAAAAAAUCGUCAACAUGAUACAACAACAGGAGAAAAUAUUUGUUUUCGACCGGAAUUAAAAGACUCCAAUACACAAUUUGAUCCGACAAAAAGACGUCGAAGUCGUUCAGUAUCUCGUCAUAAAGCUCUUACAUCAACAAAUUUAACAAUAGGUAUAAAUUCUAUGUCAAAAUCUGAUCAACAAGAUCAAUGUUGCAUUCAUCGACGCCAUACGAAACUUGAAUUUUUACAUGAUCUCAAUUUAGGUGAUAAUAAAAUCAAUGAAUUAACAUUAUUAUCGAUAGCAAAACCUACUCCAGAUAUGGAUGUGACAGUAUUACGUUCAUCUUUAUUAUUUCCAGCAAUAACUCGUCUUAAUUUAAGUCAAAAUGAACUUGUGUCAAUUCCAUCUAGUAUUUCUUUAUUAGAUAAUCUUGGUACAUUAAUAUUACGUGAUAAUUCGCAUUUAAAAGAGAUUCCAUUAUCGAUUGGUUCUAUGCAAAAAUUAUGGAAUCUUGAUCUUCAUGGUUGUGGACAGAUAAUUAAAAAAUAA